CGCUAAUUGGCUUACGCAUGCGGAAGAAGGAAAAGACACGAGGCCAGGGAAAACAGUUAAACAUCUACACACAACAUGCUUACAUUUACAUAUCCACACAUUAUAACACAAAUUAUUAGUAGGUGUAACAAUGAUAACAUUUUCAACAAUAUACCAAUGGAAAGUCUACUAGGCUAUCUGGUAAAUAAUUCAUACUAAAUGAUAAUGGACAUUCUUUUCAGGUUUCAUCUGGCAUAAGCUGUAGGCUAACGUAGGCUACUCAUUCCACAGACAUUAAACUACAUUCAGCAUCUCAGCAGCAUGAAGCAAAGAAGAUUUAAGCCAUCUGCUGUGAGACCACUGCCCUUUUAAUUUAACAGCCAUAAAUAAAUUUAGACUGGCAAACUAAAUAUAGUGCAGAAAAGCCCUCAGUAAUGACAGUUGUAUCUCUAACAAAGUCAGCUGCUCAGUGGCUGUUCUUCACAGCACUGUGUUUUUAUUAUAGGGGACACACAUCUAAAACCAGGUCAUUUGAUUGACACCAGGAUGAAGAUACUGUGGAAUGUGUUAUUUGGAAUUCUUCUCAUUGGACAACUUGGUCAAGGUCAAAUUGAAGACCUUCUAGAAGAGAAACUAGAGGAGCCAGUAGAGACCGAAGCGACUGAAGACGGAGGAGAUGCUUUGACGGAAGCAACAGAGGAAGAGGUUGAAGAGCCUGAGGGCCCUGGAGCAGAUGUGAGUCAACCUAAUGAUAGACAGCCCUGUGCCAUGUGGAUGGGAGGUGUUCCUGGCACACCUGGGCACAGUGGGCAACCUGGGAGAGAUGGCAGAGAUGGGAGAGAUGGCCCAAGGGGCGAAAAAGGAGAUAAAGGUGAACCAGGUGAGAAAGGUGAUCCAGGAGAGAAGGGGGACGUAGGCGCUGCCGGAUCAAGAGGCUUUCCCGGAAAUCCUGGUCUGAAAGGAGCCCGUGGUGAAAGUGCCCUGUCCUACCACUCGGCUUUCAGUGUUGGUCUCCGCGAACUUGUUCCUGCCACAAAUGUGCCAAUUCGCUUCAACAAGUUUUUUUAUAAUGACCAGCACCACUACGAUGAUGUUUCUGGCAAGUUCCUCUGCGUUCUCUCAGGGGUAUAUUUCUUCACCUAUCAUCUGACGGUUUACACCAAAGACGCUAAGGUCAGUCUUUACAAGAAUGACAAGGCCAUCAUGUUCACCUAUGACCAGUAUCAGGAAGCCAAUGUGGAUCAGGCAUCUGGUUCUGUUAUCUUGACAUUGGAGGCAGGAGAUGAGGUGUGGCUGCAGGUGUAUGGAGACGAGACGUUUGGUGGAGUCUAUGCAGACAAUACCAAUGAUUCCACCUUCUCUGGUUUCCUCCUGUAUCCUGACAUUCCUUUUCCCUCCCGGAGACGUUAAAAACCCUGAAUAAUAGUUUAUGGAAUGUGUAGUACAUUCUUUCUCCAAACUGUAAUUAUGAGAUUCAACACCCUUUCUGCAUGAAAUUAGAAAUUAAUUUGUACUUAUUAUUAUGUUUAGCAUGCACAGACAUCAUUUGAUUUUGUUUUAUCUGCAUUUUUAGAAAUAAUUUAUUUCAAGUAUAUCUUUGCUUUUCUAACGUAACUAGCAGCAAAUUACCCUGAAAUUAUUGAUGAAUUGCAGCCUCAGGCUCAAAAAAUUACUAUUAAAAUGUUUUCCAAGCCAAAGGAUUGAGAAGGUAUUAUAGAAAAUGCCACCAUUAAGAUGAUUAUAUAGAGCAUUGCAGGAUGGUGCACACAUUUUUUGUUUGUUUUUGAGGUGAAUAUUUAACACACAAAGUUAAUACCGAAAAUGCAAAAUUGUGAUAUUGCUAUAUUGCAUUGUGAGUAUCAAUAUAAUAUGUCACAAGGUCCUUAUAAUGAUGGCUUUUUAUGCUCGGUUGUAGGCCUAUUGGACAGAGUUUGGAGGUGGCACGGAACCUCAUUAACUACGCCGUGCUAAAAUGUCUUUAGGGUUUUUUUUAACUGAAAGUUAUACAAACAUAGUUCAUAUACAUAACCACAGUGAUCAGUCCAAUCUGUGCCAGUUUGCAUUCAAAAACGAUGUGUGUCAGAAUAUGUCACUGGCCAGUCUCCAGCAUCAGCAGUUGCUGCAUGAAUGCAUGGUACAAUUUUUUAUGAGUGUAUUUUUGGUUUAAUCACUAAGGGCACGGAAGGAGUUUAAACAUGUCUUUAAACAUGCCUCUGGCAUAAUGAACGCUUAAGUUUUUCUAAUCGAUAUAAAUUUUUUUGAAAGUUAAUGAUUAAUCUGUAAUGGAUUGUUUGCAUUAAACAUUUAAUUGUACUGUUAAUAUGCAACGUUUAUGGCACUCUCACAUAGUGUUAUAUGAGAAGGGCUAGUGGACACCUCACUUUUGGUAUGAUCUGAUCUGUGACCUUUAAACAGACAUGUCACAGUCACAUGAGCCAUGCUCACAGUCAAGUCAGCCCUCUUACUUUCUCUGUAAUACAUAACAGAAAACAUUGUACGAAACCAUAGCCAAACACACUAAAUUUUAAAGUUUAGUAUAUGUCAGUGUCAUGACUCAUAUCUUACUGAAGAUGGCAGUGAAAUUCUGCUCUGAAGGAGCAAUUCAA